AUCAGUUCGCUGCGAGCCGAGCUCCGAGAGAGUUGCCUCCACCGAUCCGCGGUUCGCGUCGAUCGUUUUUUUUCUGGCGGCGCCUCAACACAUAAUUCCCAGCAGAAAAUAACAAAAAAAAUAAUAGUAGAGAACAGUCAACGCUGAUGGAAAUCUAAUUGAAAUGUUUACGGCUUAACGGGCAACAAAAGUAUUUAUACCUGUGCAAAGGCGAAUAUAUUUUAAUGGCCUCCAGGAAGUGCAUGCAAAUGUGGUUAUUUGUUGACUCGCGAAAUACCCAAUAGAUACCAACAAAAAUAUAAGGAAAAAAAGUGGCAAAAAAUACAAGUGGCGUGUGCAGAGUGUAGUGCUGUUGUGUGUCUAUAUGGUCUAUAUGAAAUAUGCAGACAUCGGUGUAGCCAGCAGAUCAACAUUGUAAUAUCAUGGAGCUGAGCAACUUUUCGAGCGGCAAGAAGAUGUCACGCGAGGAGCGACGCUACUCGGUGCCCCAUGGCCCCAAUACUCCGCUGCCACCGGCGGCCUCCGAAGAUCUGCACGCCUGGUCCAUCUACAGGCAAAACCUGAACUCCGACUUCACCGAUUCGGCUCUGGGCUCGUCGGACAAAUCACCGCUGCCAUAUGGAAACUUCCAGCUACGCGAUACCACAGUUCAAUCAAUCUUAAAUCAUCCGCGCUACGGACCCAAAUCCCCCUUGGGCUCAAAUAUGUACACAUACUUGAAGUUUGGACUGCCUCGCGUCUUUCCGCCGAACGCCGGAUCGCAGCGCUCGCAUCGUCCAGGACCGGGUCCGGGAUCGGGUCCUGGUCACGGCGGUUCCAGUGCCCUGGGUGGAGUGCGUGGGCGGGUGAACCGCGCCUUCCGUGACAGCUCGGGGGCACCGGCGGGCGCCGGUAGCAGUGGCUACGACAGCAGCGACAACGAGACGACCCGCAGCAGGGUGCCGCCCAAUCUCCGGAAGUACCGCAGCGAGUCCGACUUCCGUGCCAUCGGCGGCAUGCCACACUCGCGUCCGGAAUCGCGGGCACAGAUGGGAGGAGGGGGUGUUCCGGCGGCUGCACUGCGUCAGGCCAACAGCAGGGCGAGCAUCGCGGUGGGCCAGCACCACCACCAGAUGCAGCAGCACCAGCAGCAAUACAUGGGCAAUGGAAAGCACUACGGCCACAGGUCGCACAGCGAGGCGGAUCUCCUGGGAGCCGUAAGCCAAGUGGAUGGCGGUGGGGGAAUGGGCUAUGACUACAACGAAGCCCGGCUGUACGGCAGCUCCAGGCAGUACGGAAACGGAAAUGGUCACAAUCCAGGCAGUCGGAAGCAGUCGGGCAUGGGCCUCAUCUACCCGAACAUCCAGGUGCACUGCCUCGACGUAAAUCCCUGCCUGCGCGGUGUGUCCAUGCAGGCCAAGGCCGGAGAUCUGUUCGCCAUCAUGGCCACCUCGCAGCGGGAGGGAAGUGCCCUAUCCGAGUGCUUGGCGGGAUUGAGUGAGCGACUGGGAGGGGAGAUCCUCAUCAAUGGACAGCAGGUGAGUCGCCGCGGUCUGCGGGAGCUCUGCAGCUAUGUUCCGGCUCUGGAGGUCUCCUUGGAUCCCCGGAUGAGUGUCCAGUGUACCCUGAACUUCCACGCUGCUUUGAGAGGUCCUCUGGAUCGCAGCGAUCUGGAGGAGCGCAUGGAUGUGCUAAUCGAGGAUCUGGGGCUGAACACAGUGCGUGCCUCCAAUGUGUCCACUCUAACCCACUCGGAGAAGCAGCGCUUGAGUGUGGCCUGCCAGCUGCUGGCGCAAUCUUCGCUUCUAAUCCUGGACCAGGUGACCAGCAAUAUGGACAUCUUUGACACCUUCUUCCUCGUGGAGUACCUGCGUCAAUGGUGCAGUGGGGGUCGCAUCGUAAUCAUGACGCUGCAGCCGCCCACCUUCGAAAUCCUCUCCAUGUGCUCCGGAGUGCUGCUGCUCUCCGGCGGAAGGACCGUCUUCUCCGGCAGUCGAGCGGAUCUACCACGACACAUGGGUCAACUGGGCUAUCCAUGCCCGCCAUUCAAGAACCCAGCAGAUUACUACUUGGAUUUGGUCACGUUGGACGACCUUUCGGCCGCCGCCAUGCUGGUCUCGGCCCGCAUUGAAUCCCUGGCCAACGCCUGGGACCAGAUAAAUUCGGAGCCCCCACUUGCUGCACCGCCCGCCUCCCUGCCCAACUUCACCCUGAAGGCCGGCUUCUUUGGCCAGAUCAGUGCUUUGAUCAAGCGAUUCGCCGGCUACAAGCAGCGAUCACUGCUCACCUGGAUCAGCAAGCUCAUCGCAGCCGCCGUCCUGUCGCUCUGCAUCGGCUGCAUCUUCUGGGAUGUGCCCGCCUCCGAUCCGCAGCUGAGCUAUCACGAUCGGCUGGGCUACCAUCAUUGCGUCAUGGUGCUGGUCUACUGGCCACUGGUCAUGCUGACCAUCAGGGACACGCAAGAGGAUCGUCGUCAUGCGGAGCGGGACAUCCGCCUGGGACUCUAUACGCGCAGUCUCUACAUCAUUGUGCAGUCUUCUGGGCCUAUUCCCAGCCUAUGUAUCUGGUUGGCUUAUUUGCUGCCAGCCCACAGCAUGGCGGGACUCUACACCUAUUCCAACAGCAGCGAUACGGGCAUUUACCUGUACAUGGGCUACAUGCUGCUCUACUUGACGCUCAUCCAGACACUGGCCCUGUUCUGCGCCCAUCCUCCCUGUAAGGUCUCGGCGAGCAUUGUCAACGGGCUGAUCAGCCUGGCAGCGGCGGCAGUGGGUGGUUACCUGGUGCAUCCCCAGAACUUGGCCCAGUUCUGGUCCUGGCUGCAGUUCGUCUCGCCGGAACGAUGGCUCCUGCCUGUCCUGGUGCAGGAUGAGUACAGUGCCGAGACGUUGACCAACUCCGCCGGACUGCAGUUGUGCCGGAACAAGCAGGUGCAGCACCAGGAGAUUAUUGUGCAACAGCCCUGCCCGCCGCCCAACGGCACCCAAGUGCUAGUCGACUUCGAGCUGUUGCCCCAGCAGCACGUGCUGGAUCCCUCGCCCAGCUAUGACCAGACCACCUCGUUGGCCCUGGUCCUGGGCUCGGUGCUCGUCUUCUUCGUCACCUUCAUCGUCUUUCUGUGCAAUUGUCGCGGUGCCUGUCGGAGGCAGCGAAGCCGAUAGGCCCAUACCGUGACUUGGAGCUGGCCAGGAUCUGGCUCCCGAGAACUGUACAUUCCAUAGAAACUAAUUCUUGAAAUAAAUAGUGUUUAGUCGAGGCCGCGUUCGUUUAACUAACUAAA